AAUUGUUGUUCUGCAGAAUUCAUGAGUCAUAGUUAAUGGAUGUGGAGAUUAUACUUUUAUUCUGAAGGAUUUGUACCGGAAGUUUUGUUGUUAUUGCAGCUUGCAGAUUUGCGCAAGUUUAGAAACCGAAAGUGUUUCUGAUGAGCCAAUCAGCCAUCAGAGGUCUCUGCAGCUUCUCUAAAUAGAGAUGUUAGAGUGCUGCGAUGUUCAGUCCUCAGCAGACAUCCACAGCCAUGGAGCUUCUUCCUCUCCUGUGUCUCCUCCUGAGCUGCUCUGCAGGAACGUCUGCUGAUCAAAACGGUCCAGUGAUCGUGAAAGAAGAAAGUGAUGCUAUUUUACCCUGUUCCCUCAGCACCAAGAAGGACAUUGAGUCAGAGCUCUUUGACUGGAAGAAGAAAGGGCAGAAAAAUAAAGAUGUGUUCUUGUACAAUGACAAAGCGUUUUAUGGUAAGGGCCUUUCAGGUCAAGAUGAGCAGUUCAAAGGUCGCGUCUCACAUUUUCCAGAUGAGCUAAAGUACGGCAACGCCUCCAUCAUCAUCAGAAAUACGAAGGUGACUGACAGUGGAGACUACACCUGUGAAUUUCCAGAUCUUCAGCAAAGUCCAGUCCUCAUUGAGCUUGUUGUUGAUCAUAUCUUAAAGGACAGAUCAGCUGAAAACAUCCCAGGUGCAGCUGCAAAGCCGUCUGUCACCACACUUGAUGAAACAAAGGACUGGGAGCUGCUGCAGUGUGAAGUUCUUGGUGCUUUUCCAAAACCUACAGUAGAGUGGCAGGACAGUGCUGGAAACAAACUUCCUGCUGAGGAGCCACAGGUCUCAGAAAGAGGAGGCAGCUAUGACAUCACACUCAAUACUACUGUGACGAAGACCGACCGCUAUCGCUGUGUAGCCACACAGGAGGAGAUCAAACAUCAGAUUUAUGCUGAGAUCUAUGUGCUUAUAAAUGGUGCAGCUGCAGAGCCGUCUGUCAGGAUACUUGAUCAAACAAAUGAUGGGAUGCUGCUGCAGUGUGAAGUUCGAGGUGCUUUUCCAAAACCUACAGUAGAGUGGCGGGACAGUGCUGGAAAAAUGGUUCCUGCUGAGGAGCCACAGGUCUCAGAAAGAGGAGGCAGCUUCUACAUCACCCUCCAAACUACUGUGAUGAAGACCGACAACUAUCGCUGUGUAGCCACACAGGAGGAGAUCAAACAUCAGAUGUAUGCUGAGACCUACGUGCCAUUUAAUGGGUCCCCCAAACAGUCCUCCAUUGGAUGGAUUGUUGUUCUGCUAGUGUUGCUUGUACUAAAUGGUCACAUCACACAAAAUUAGAUUCCCAGACAGAGUGGCAUCCUCCAUAAGUAAUAAUAUAAUUCACAUAACAGUAGUGGAUGGUUACUUUGCAUUGUCUUUUGCUGAUUUUCUGGAUAUUCAAUUAAAAUCUGUGACACAUUUGGGUGGAAACUGGGCUUAUAGCAGAAUUUUCACUCCGCCUGUGAGUAAGGCUGCUCUGACCAACCCGCUUUUAGAAUUCACACAAACAAGACAAAAACAUUUUACACUCACAUUAACCAAGAUUUAUUCGAUCUUUUCCACACAUUUACCAUACUGUUGUUUCCCUGGACAGAUGUUGGAAUUAUUCAUAAAAAAUGCAGUUAUUAAUUAUUCUAAAAAUACUAUUUAACAUAUACACACACAUGUAUAUAUACACACACACACACUGGGGUUUUGCAGGUUUGCCCACUUGGCUGUUGUUGAGGACAUUAUACUGAAGCACCUGAUGAAUAAGACUGAGCAGCAAAUGAAAAAUGUGAUAAUAAGAUAACAUUGCAAAAUAACAAGUUGUGAAAAUAAAAUUAAAGUGUUCAAAGCUAUGGGUCUCGGACCAAAAAAGUCAUAUCAGUGACCUGAAACGACCCCGACUAAGGAUUUCAGGCUGCUGCAACUUUAGGUUUAAACUAGAGCCCGAUUUAUCGGCCGGCCAAUAUGAGCUAAUUGCAUUUAAUCGGCAUCGGCCGUUUAUAACAGCAGAUAUAUGACAAUUAAAAAAGAAAAGUCAGAUCCUUCACUCAUGUCAUGGGUGUUGCAUAGUUUGCCCACCAGAGAGCGACCACCUGUUAACAACACUGCAUCACCACUAAAACCACAAAAGAAAAAAAAUCAGCUGACUGGAGUUUAUUGGAGCUUACUGCAGCAUGUAAAAACCAAACACACAGAGGGCUGUGUUAGCAGAGAGUCUGUCUUUUGUCACGUUAAUUACAUGACUUAAAUAAUUAUAAUAAAAACAGACCCAGUCACUUUCUUCCCUUGAAAACAUUCAUGACUUGCUAACCCUCCCAUUUUUCACUGCACUCUCCCGGCUUCCUACCAGCUCACAGCAGUUUAAUGUUACGGUAGCUGGGUGUUGGAAGCUGCUGACAGACGUAACUGUAGAUUUAUUCUAGUCAGUUCUAGUUAACGGUCCAAAUUUGUCUCUAGUUCAUCACUUAAAACUCAUCACUCUAAAAUCAUGUAAAGUUACAGCAGCUCACACUGCCCAUUGUAACGGUAAUGAGCCGUUAAACUAUAGUUUCUGGUGUAUUCUAAAUAUAUCUGUGAGCUGCCUGUCUGAAGUUAGUCUGCGUGUCUGAAAUUAUUAAACCAGAGUGGACACGUAAAUAAAUGUGAGCUGGCGUGCCAUGGGUAGGAGUCACUCUAGCCCGAUUGACAGGUUGCCAUGGUAACGACUUGUCAAUCACAGAUAGUCACUGAAAAGCAUACCCUGCUUUCUGGUCUAUUUUCGUCUAAAUGGGACUAUAAUUUACUAAAUGAACGUCAUGUCAAGAUGAGAGCAUAAAAUGAGACUUCUUCAGGAUCUGUGGUCGUUAAAGUGGACUAAUCUUUAGUUAUGAUCCUCAGCUUAAGGAUACAAGAUCAUACCACUGUAGUCACUUUUAAAUUUUAAAAGAAAAGGUUAAAGCACCUGCUAGCUGGUCAUCAGUUAAUUGCAGGGUCGGGAGUUAGAUCCCCGGCUCUCCAUGUCCACAUGUCCAAGUGUCCUUGAGCAACACACCGAUGGUCAGACCAGCCCCUUCCAUGGUAGCUCGCUGCCGUCGUGAGUAUGUGUGAAUGAAUGAGGAGCAAAAGUGCUGUAUAAAUGCUGUAUUUACCAAAUAUUAUCAGACUUCUUUAAACUCCUAACUGAGCGAGACAUUAACAAAAACCUGAGUUCAUUGAACUAAAGCUGUCACACUGUAAAUGUGUAUAAUAUUUUGUAGGUAAAGUGAAAUAUAAAAUGUGACUUUUAUUUUAUUUUCAUAUUUGUGUUAUCGACAUUUGGGACAGAUCUGUAUUGCUUCUUUUUAUUUCUUAAGGUGCGGUUACACAUUGAGUUACACACCUAGCUUAAAGCAGUCUGAUACAACAGUCCUGCAAUAAAUGUAAUUCAUAAAUGGUUAUGUUCAGAGAGUCGUUGAUUCAACUUCAUAGUCAUUAGUUUGCUGUAGUCUAUGGUGCUGUUGAACUGUUUUGCCUGUUUCUAUUAAUUUGUCUAUCCCAUGUAUAUCAAGGGUUUGAACUCAACCUGAACAUUAAAACCUUGAUGAAGGAGAUUUAUUGCAGGACUGUCAGACUGCAUUAGUUUCAGGUGUUCCUAAUAAACUGGACACUGAGUGUUUGCUGCUGCUGCUGACUGUGAUAUUUGAGUUCUCUGAAAGUUCAUGUAUGUUGAUGUUUCUAACUGAUGAUGAACUUGUAUCGUGUCAUUUCCUGCAGAGCUGAAUCAUUUCUGUCCAAACGUUUGAAUAAAAUAUGAAUAAUGUCAAA